AUGUUGUUCCGAAGCCAUUUGGUGUGGCUUGCCCACGCUCUUCCGGCAGUUGCACACACUAUAACCACGCCUACUUGUGAAUCUGAGAACUUGAUUAAGGAUGUGAAUUUUGAGACCAUUGAUCUCGAUGAUAGUGUGUGGACUGUCCUACCCCCUAACGGCGGUGCCGCUGUUGAUGGAUACCUGCAUCUGAGUGCUGAAGCUAUCCAAUCACAGACCCUGUUGGUCCAGACAGUUACCGGCGCCGUUGCGGAAGAGAGCUAUACUGUCUCUUUCGAUUUCCGGCAGAAAGCUGGCUCGGUUGUUGAUACAACCACUUGUACCGUGAAUCUCGUACUCAACGGCGCAGAUGUCGGCACCAGCACUCUCGCAGCCGGCUCCUGGAAGACCAUCUCCAAGGAAUGGACGACUGCUAGCUCAGAUGUCGACAUUUUCAUCAUGAUUGAUUGUCCUGAUGCGACAACCUGGGGCACAACAGUGGAUGUGAACAACAUCUCGUUCGAGAAGAGCUGUGGUUCAUCCACCUCGACCAGUGUCUCGGUCCCUACCAAGACUCCAUCGAGCUCGUCUGUGGCUACCAGCACUCCGCUUAUUCCUUCUGCCUCCACAUCUGGCCACACCAGCUCCGUGGGAUCGGGAUCUUCAUCGCACGUCUCCUCUGUCUCGCCAAGUAGCACUCUAGGUCCUAUUACCCUGACCACCACCAUCAUUGGGCCUGUAGACCCCACCUCUACCAGUGCCAUUGAGUCCUCGGCCUCAACCUCUGGUGUACCAGCAUCUUCUGAGCCCGCCACACUGACAACCACUAGCACCGGGCCCGUAGACACCACCUCAACCAGUGCCAUUGAUUCCUCGGCCUCGACCUCUGGAGCCCAAACAUCUUCCGAGUCCAUCGCACAGACAACCUCUGUGUCUGAGGGGCCUACCAGCUCUUCCCCGGCUGGAACCCCUACACCGGAUAUGACAACCUCUACUGUGUUCACCACCCGCACUUCAACUAUCACAGCCUGUCCCUCAACUGUCACCGACUGCCCGGCCACCGACAAGACAACUCACGUUACAACCGAGACUAUCGUCCUCUCGACCACCAUCUGCCCCGUUGAAGACGUAACAACCACUACCGAGGGACCUAGCCCUACCGGUCCAGCUGGAACCCCUACACCGGAUAUGACAACCUCUAGUGUGUUCAGCACCCGCACUUCGACCAUCACGGCCUGCCCCUCGACUGUCACCGACUGCCCAGCCACCGACAAGACAACUCACGUUACAACUGAGACUAUCUUCGUCUCGGUCACCAUCUGCCCUGUUGAAGAUGUAACCAGCACUACCGAGGGACCCAGCCCUACCGGCCCAUCUGGCAACGGCAACGGCAAUGACUACACAGUCUCAACAAUCUUCUCAACCAGAACCGUAACUCUGACUCAAUGCCCGGCAACUGUGACCGACUGCCCAGGCCGUGACCAGACAACACACGUCACGACCGAGACCGUCGUUGUUGGUACCACUUCGGUCCCCAUCAACACCGCCGUGACUACCACAGCACCUGGCGCAGUGUACACAUCAUCUGUUCCUGUGCAGACGACGGAUGUUGUUGUUGGCACUGAGACGAGCACUCUGACUCUUUACUCUGUCAUCACCGCCACAGGCUCGGCCACUACCGAGGGAGGUGUUGUCAGUGAGACUAGUGUUUCUCACGUUGGUGGAAAUGGAUCCGAUUCCGAAGGUUCGACCGGUUCUAGCUCAGGCGUCUCCCCUGGCACCAGUACCGGCCACCCCUCCAUCCUACCCAGCCUCACACGCACACGCAUCAGCUCAGCUAUCCCUUCAAGCCUCACCCGCAUCCACACAGCCACUCCUCCUACUACCACGGGUGCAGGUGCGGACGCAGGCUCAGGAUCGGGCUCUACCACUGAAAGCAGCAGCCCAGCAAGUACAUCACCCGUGUUCAAUGGUGCUUCGUCCUUCACUAUUUCUAGCGCUGUGUCUGGCUUUGGCGCUCUCGCCGCUCUCGCGCUUUUCCUUUGA